AAGCUAUGGGCUGGUCAUAUUCUAUGUGGUCAUUCUCAAGACGGUGUACUCUCAAAGACGGUGGCGCCAGAUUUCCCUCUAGGUGUUAUAUAGUGAUCUUAAUAUGAACCUCUAUGGUCGUAGCAGACGGAGCGGCAGGUAACGGCGGCCUGUCCCUUCGGUGUUGUGUUCGGUGCCCGGGCGAGUGGUGAACUUGGAAAGUUGUCGCGUGAAUUUUGCUGCCUGCUGUUACAAUGUCCAAAGCGUUGCGGCAGCUGUCAGCGGCACAGGACAUUUUGGAGAUUCUGCAGAUGCUCUGCAUCAGUCUUCCCAGUCCCGAGAACAACUUCCAGAAAUGUUGCUGCAUGCUGCUGGCACGGCGUCACCAGUGUACAACUGAGAAUGGCUACUUCCACACUCCAGUGAUGCUGCAGGAGGUCAUUCAAUCACUCGGCAUCCAGCAAGGCCAGACAUUUGUGGACCUGACCUUUGGAGCAGGUGGACACACCAAGCACAUUCUGGCAGCUGCCAAGGGUGUUCGAGUGUUUGCCCUAGACCGAGACCCCAUAGCGUACAGGAGGGCGCAGGACAUGGCCAAGCAGUACCCUGCGGGACGCCUGGUGCCCCUGCUGGGUCGGUUCAGUGAGCUGGGCCCCCUGCUGGAACGCCAUGGAGUGUCUCCGGGCAGCCUGGACGGCGCACUGGUCGACUGUGGCUGCUCCUCCAUGCAGAUGGACGACCCCCAGCGGGGAUUCGGAUUGGCACGCCAGGGGCCCCUCGACAUGCGCAUGGAUGCAGCCAGGUUUCCCGAUGAACCGACCGCUGCCGAUGUUGUCAACUCCCUCGACUAUGACUCGCUGGUGCAGGUGCUCAAGUUGUAUGGAGAGGAGAAGCGUGCCAAAAAGGUUGCACAGGCCAUAGUGGACUCUCGCUUCUUGAUGAAGAGCCUACGUACCACCACUGAGCUGGCACGCAUUGUUGAGGUAGCCCUGGAUGAUACCGUUCGCAGUGUGGACUCCCUGGGUCGUCCCAGCCACGUGGCAACCAAGACGUUCAUGGCGCUGCGUAUUCUGGUCAACAAUGAGCUCAACGAGCUGCACUGGGCCCUGGGCCUGCUGCGGCGAUGGCUGCGCCAGCCUGGUGGACGCCUGGCAGUACUCACAUUUCACUCACUCGAGGACCGCAUCGUCAAGAGGCACUUCCAGGGUGUGGAUGUGAGUGAGCCAGUCGACAUAGCCCAGCGCUUCCGCAAUGCGGCCGUGUGGCACAGUGCGGAGGAAAUGGUGUCCGAGCGGCAGUGCUACUGGCAGCCACUGGGUCCACUCCAGCUGCCAUCGAGAACGGAGCUGGAACGCAAUCCACGGAGCCGCUCGGCCAAGCUCCGUGUCGCCGAGAGGACGGUCAUCGAUUGACGCAAGCCAUGUCAAGCACCAAUCAAUUCUGUUCAUGAAAGCUUCACCUCAUUUCUUGCAUCUUCAGGAUCAUUAAAAGCCGUACAGCAGACUCGUAAUUGUCAA